UCUCUAUGCUCUCCAUCCUGGUCCGCAGAAUGUCAUCAGAGGACAAGAGUCUGGAUCCCUCUGACCACGGACCUUCUACUCCCCUGAGCAUUACUGGGGGGUGCACCCCCUCCCCUGCCCCCACAGACCGGCGCCCCCGCGGCCGGCCUCGUAAGGAUGCAGGCUCUGGAUUACCCACACCCAGAAAGAAGGGACGUAGCAGAGGCCGAGCCCAGGUUGAGGAUGAGGACAGCAUGGACGGGACGGAGACCGCCGAAGCAGAGAACAUGCAGGAUAUGGAAGUUAAGGAGCUGGUUCUGGAUGUCGAGGAGGAGAUCAUGGUGCCAAGCCCCAGGACGACAGACCCCUCUCCCCACUCUUCCAGCGCUCCGUGUCGGAGGACUCUGCAGGAUCCUCCGCCUCGACCCUGGAGCACGCCAAAGUCCG